AAAGUUUCAAUUCUCCCGUUUCCAGAAAACUCCGGGAUUGAAAGAGUGCUACUUUAAAUUUGAAAAAGAAAAAUGCCGAAGGAUAGAAGAGUUGGUUCCUUAUCUUUUGAACGCUCUAGGAUCUCUCCUUACCCGUGUAGUUCUAAGGGCGGGGAUGCUAAGCAAUGCCAACGGGAGAAUCCAUUGGAAUUGGGAUUCGGAUCAGUUGAGGAUGUUAAAGAGUGGGAGGAUGCAAGGUGCCCCAUUUGCAUGGAACACCCACACAAUGCUGUACUUUUGCGGUGUUCUUCCUUUGAAAAGGGUUGUCGCCCUUUCAUGUGCAAUACAAGCUACCGCCAUUCAAAUUGUCUUGAUCAGUUUUGCAAGUCAUCGUUGUCAUCUCCUUCCACUGCUGUGUUACAGGAAAUUCCUUUGGGAAACACGACCUCUACUUCCAGUAGUUGGAGGAAUCCACCUUUUCAUGAUCAUCAAACCGAGGCUGAUAGUGAUCUACAGCCAAAGCUUUUUUGCCCUCUUUGUCGAGGAGAUAUUUACGGCUGGAGUGUGGUAGAACCAGCUCGUCACUUCAUGAAUUCCAAAGCCAGGAGUUGUUCAUCUGAGACAUGUGAUUUCGGUGGGACUUAUAGUGAACUUAGAAAGCAUGCUAGGUCUGCUCAUCCUUUAGUCCGACCAUCAGAAGUGGAUCCAGAACGACAGCGUGAUUGGACUAGGUUACAGCGCGAAAGGGAUUACGAGGACAUGCUUAGCUCAAUCCAACCAGUUGCUGCGGAAGAAAGUAAUGGAGAAACCCUUUCAGAUCUAGAGGAUUUUCGUUCUUGGUUGACUAUAAAUCUUGCAUACUUGACACUUGCGCUUGAGUUCAUCAGUGAUUCUAGGAGUAUUGAAGAUGAUAGUUUUAGAAGGAGGUCGGGAAGUGGGAGGUUUAGGUAUGAUCGAGAGUAUGAUCAUGGUACUAGGGAGAAUGGUAGUUCUGUAUCUGAUCGAGUACUCUUUGGUCACCGAAACAAUCCUUUGCCAGAAGAGAGACUUCUAGGUAGACACCGUGCCUCACAGGGCAUUCUCCAAUGGAGGAAUAGUAGUUCAGCAUCAGAUAGAAUUUCCCAAGGUAGGCGCCGGAGCUCACAAGCUGACAGAACACGUCGAGGCCAAGGUGGAUUGCGGUGGCGAACACCAAGAUGGUCCUCCGAUAAUGGGCAGUGAUUGGACCUCAUUGUUUAAUGAUUCUUGCUGUCCCAGAUGGAAAUAAAAGCAGGGGGUAAGGGUCAGAGUUUAGGUUUAUUAAGUCAUGUUAGACUUUGAAGUAGAAAAUGAAGUCCCUGUUAUCCCAUUUUGUUGUUUUAUUUAUUUUUCACAGAAACAAUGUUUAAUGAUAAAAACAUCAAUUUCGUCUGUGUAAAUGUUAUCUACUUUUGCAAAA